ACGGGAUGGAAAACAAAGUAAGAAAAAACCAGAAAGCGCGAGUUUACAAAGUUAAGUUAAGGAGGUGUAAAGCGAACGCCAGAGAGAGGAAUAGAAUGCAUGGCCUGAAUGCUGCCCUGGAUACUUUGAGAAGCAGGAUGCCCAUUCAAAUCACGCACUCGGACAUCAACUCGGCCCCUCAAAAGCUGUCGAAAAUCGAGACGCUUCGCCUAGCAAGAAAUUAUAUCGCAGCUCUAACUCAAACUCUCCAAGAGGGGAGGCCCAUGGAGAUAACGCGUUUCAUCAAGUUUUUGAGCAGAGAUUUGAGCCAAACUACAGCGAAUCUACUUUCUGGCACUCUUAUUAGGAGUAAUUACAGCGAACAUCAAAGAAAUUUGUUUUGUGAUGAUUAUGGGAAUGGUGAUAAUCAGGAUUGUAAUUUUUUGAGUGGGUAUGAUUGUUGGGGUGGAUAUAAUACGAAUAGCGAUGUGUCCUGUAUGUACAAUGGUUAUAGAUAUUGUGACAAUAAUUUUGUUGGUAAUGAACAUUGCAUUUAUGGUGGAUAUUGAACGUCUGUUGUAGUGAAAUCCAAUUUUCUAUUUUG